UCAAUUAAAGUUAUGUAUACAUUGUUUCUUUCAUUAGCAUUUCAUAAAAUCACACAAUCUGCCGCUGCUUAGUUCCUUCUUACUAGAAAAAAUAUAUUGUUUCUUUCAUCAAUUUUUCAUUAAGUCACAAAAUCUCCCACUACUGUGUCCCUCAAUCUUAUUGCAAAAAAAAAAAAAAUAAUGUCUAUUCGAACAAAUCCCAUGAAAGCAGUGCCUACAUUGUUGAAGCGCCUGGUGAUUGUAGAAAAACGAGAAGAUUUGAAGGAUUUGAAGUCUGAGUUGAAUAAGAUAAAGGACCUGUUUAAAAUAGUGAAGAAAAAUGAAGAAGAACUCCUUGACACGUUAGCAGUCGUGGAUGGCUAUCUUCGCAACAAAAACAUACCUAAGUUGAUGGAAGUGAAGGAAGAUAUUUGCAAGAGAAUAAGGAAUUCAACUCAGAAGCUGCUGCCAGAUGGUUCUACGGAUCAAGGUAGUAAUAUAGAAGCUACUCAGUCACUAGGAAAAACAUUUCAGGAUGAAAAGGAUAAGAAGAGAGAAGAAGUGCAGGAAGCACUCUCUCCAGAAAAGUUUAAGGUACAUUAUAAUGAACUUGAUCGUGUUCAUAAACGUUUCUUCUUGUCUCUCCUACUUUUCCCUGAAAAUGCUGUUAUAAAGAAAAGUACUAUACAUUUCUGGUGGUCGUCUGUAGUGGGUUACAUCAUGAUAGGGCAAUUUGAAUUUGUGUUUGAUUAUCUUUAUAGUCGUAAACUUCUUGUACCGCAUGGUAAUGACAAGUCUCUUGUUGUUGUGAAUAAAUUUAAAAUUAAUCCUUGCGUCCGUCAUAAGUCGGUGUUGCCAUCGUUACAAAAUGAUAAAGAACAACUUUGUGGAAUUUAUUCAGAACUAGUAGCAUCAUCUCAUAACCCGAAUACUUCGCAUCGUAGUUUGGUGCUUGACCAACACAAAGUUAAACUAAGUGAUAGGUUGGGUUUGAAAUCUACCCAUUGGAGAGCUGUUUUUAAUGUUGGUGCUAGUUAUCUAAAUUUCGGGCCCCAAUGGAUGGCCAAAAUGAAGCAGUUGGAGGUCCUUCAACUUGGUCGUUGGCUGCAUGAUUCACCAAAGCAUCAUAUUGAAGUGGACAGUGAGGAAUUCUUGAAGGAGUUAAGGGAUCAAAAGCAUUUGAAGUAUCUUAGCCUUCGAGGGAUAUCAAGAAUAUUUGAGCUGCCACCCUCCAUUUUUCAACUUGAGAGACUAGCAAUUCUAGAUCUCAAGGCCUGUCACAAUCUAGAAACCCUACCAAAUGAUAUUUCAUCAUUGAAAAAUCUCAGACAGUUGGAUUUGUCUCAAUGCUACUUGUUGGAGAGAAUGCCAAAAGGGAUUGAGAAGCUGAUCAAUCUUGAAGUACUCAAGGGAUUUGUAAUUGGUAGUUCUAGCAAGAGUAGCUACCAGAUAUCAGAUCUUGCAGAUUUGAAAAAUCUGGAGCGACUCAGCAUACAUAUAGAAAGUGGGGCUGUGAUCGAUGAAAAGGAGUUUGAAAGCUUGGAAGAGUUGUCAAAACUUGAGCAUCUCAAAAUAUCAUGGGGUGUGUCUGGCAAAAGGUACACUGAUGGUAUCCAGAUCAGUUUGCUUUCAAAUUUGAAAAAGUUGCAUCUUGAAGGCUUUCCUGGAGAAAGUAUUCCAAGUUGGUUGGAGCCUAGCAACCUACCGAAGAGUUUGAAAGAGCUAAAUUUAACCGGAGGGAAACUAGAAAGUAUGGAUCAUGGAAAAUUAGAUCACUCGGACUCCUGCAAGUUGGAGAUUGUUCGUCUCAAGUACCUAAAAGAUUUGAAUGUUGACCCAGAAAAAUUGCAGGCAUUGUUUCCUUCAUUGAGGUACGUAGAAGUAAAAGAUGUACAAAACCUUCAACACCUUGAAUGGAUUAAAUGAUGAAGAGAGGUGAAAGUACAUACAUGUCAUAGAGCUAUCCAAAUGCAUGUGGUGCAAUCCAGCAAACAAUCUCAAGUUAUGGCACAGUUUCUGUCAACUUAUGUGAAUUGAAUUUGUAUUUUCCAUCCUUGUACGAUAUC